UGAAAGAUUUUUUCAUAAUGAGCUCAUACACAAAGUAGAAGGAGUCUAUCUUCUCUGUGAGUCAUAUCACAAUGACGUACUGUAUAUUAUCUGCUCCAGUUACACUACUCAGUAACAGUUAUUUCGAAACUCAUCUAUCAAAACGUUAUGCGCAAGUAAUAUUUGGAGUUGAUCACUAUUUUUGCGCGAGCAAACGAAUUCCGGGAGGCAGACACAAAAUUGAAAUUGAGAUAAAAUUGAAAAGUAGCCAUUCCAGGGAGCUGCAUCUAUGACUAGAUCCUGCAUAACAUUUUUUUGGUAUCUCAAACUAAAUCAUGUUCAUGCAGGAUUUUUUUUAGAUUGAAAUCAUUGUAAAUUACACUACUCAUCAUACUACGGUUUCAAGUUUAAUUCUAGGAUUCAUAGGGAUAAAUAUAUAUGAUUUAGUAAUGACAGCUAGGAAGAAACAUCUUAAGCUUUGUCAGGGAUUACUUAUGUGUUCUUCUAAUGAUUCUGGAAGAUAUAAAAAUGAUAGAAAAUCCAGUUGCAGCGUUCUUACCCAUGAUACUUCUUCCAACAUAUUUUUCAACGCUCCUGAAAUAGAUGAUUUCAAGAUAUUGAAGCCUAUCAGCCGAGGCGCCUAUGGCAAAGUAUUUCUUGGGUGCAAAAAGGAUAAUCCAGAUCAAUUGUUCGCCAUAAAAGUGAUGAAAAAAUGUGAAAUGAUACAUAAAAACAUGGCUUCCCAAGUGGUCAACGAACGAAAUGCUCUUGCUCUGUCUCGAAGCCCCUUCUGUGUGAAUCUCUUCUAUUCGUUGCAAACACCUCUUUGUGUUUAUCUGGUGAUGGAAUACAUGAUUGGAGGGGAUUUGAAAUCAUUGUUGGCCAUGUAUGGGUGCUUUAAUGAAACCUCGGCUGCAUUCUACAGUGCAGAGGUGGUGCUGGCUCUAAGAUAUCUCCAUAGGCAUGGUAUAGUGCACAGGGACUUGAAGCCUGAUAACAUGCUGCUGUCAGCUACUGGUCAUUUGAAGCUCACUGAUUUCGGAUUGAGUCGUAUCGCGUUGCAUCGAGACCUUGUAAUGGAAGACUUGAUAAAUCAAACGCCUUAUCAGGGAAGCAAAAUCAGAACGCCUGGGCAACUCUUAUCACUUACAUCCCAUCUUUCUUUUGGAUCGAACGAUGGUACUCCAGUGAGUGCGAAAGCACACCGCCUGAAUAUAACUGAUGAGUAUGAGUCUGAGGAAAGUCAUAGUCAUAGUCAUCUGUCUGGAGUGAAUAGCUUCUUAGCUGAGCAUAAUGAGAGCUUCAAUUCAAGCUCCUACUACACUUGCAACUCCAACACUAUCCCAACCGAUGCUGAAUACUCCGUUCAAACCGACCUCUCAUUUUCCAUAUCAAAAUCGAGGAUCGAACGAUGGUACUCCAUUUCGAUUUACAUUUUGCAGGGAUCGAACGAUGGUACUCCAGUGAGUGCGAAAGCACACCGCCUGAAUAUAACUGAUGAGUAUGAGUCUGAGGAAAGUCAUAGUCAUAGUCAUCUGUCUGGAGUGAAUAGCUUCUUAGCUGAGCAUAAUGAGAGCUUCAAUUCAAGCUCCUACUACACUUGCAACUCCAACACUAUCCCAACCGAUGCUGAAUACUCCGUUCAAACCGACCUCUCAUUUUCCAUAUCAAAAUCGAGAACCUACAAACGAAUGAACUCGACUGAAGACGACAGAUCUUCUAAACGUUUUAGAACACCUCUUGGGGAAAUUUCUGUGAAUACUCAUACUCAGCUCACACAAGAGAUCAGUAAGCUGGAGAUGUACAGCCAUUCGUCAAUACAGCAUGAGAGCCCUUUGAAGGGCGUUCUCAAAAACAAAUGCGCGUCGGAAGACCAACUGUGGAACAACGUGCAUGUGUCGACACCCGUGUCAGAGAGCACUCGACGUCACUCUGACGUCAUCACUGGACUAAAGACCACACGCUUCACGCUACCCGUACCUUCCACCAUGGAGGUGCAUGACGCAAUUCAUAUGGAUGAACCAGCCGUCAGUCCUAUUGCCACUCCUUUCCCGAAUGUGCUGCGCAAUGUGAACAACACGCCGUUCAGAACCCCCAAAUCAACUCGACGCGGCAAGCUGUCUUCCGAUCAACGCAUCUUGGGAACUCCCGACUAUCUUGCUCCCGAACUUCUUCUCAAGCAGGGCCAUGGACCAGCAGUUGAUUGGUGGGCCCUGGGAGUUUGUAUGUACGAGUUUUUAUGUGGAGUGCUUCCUUUCAACGAUGAAACUCCUCAGCUCGUAUUCAAAAACAUCUUGCAAAAAGAUAUGGAUUGGCCCACGGGUGAAGAUAGCUUAUCAGAAGCUGCUCAGACUGCUGUUGACAAGCUAUUGACACUAGACCCCGUGGAACGGCCGUCUGGUCCCGAAGUGCAGCAAUUCCCUUUCUUCGCGCACAUCGAUUGGGACAACCUGCUGGAACAGACUCCGCCAUUUGUGCCGCAGCCUGACGACAUAGCUGAUACUUCUUAUUUUCAAGCUCGUAACCAGAUGAACCAUUUGAACGUCUCCAACUUCGAUUUGUGAUCAGUAAUGCUGUGCCGUUGAUUCGGAAGGAAGUUUUUUGUGAUUUUCAUAGAAAUUAACUUGAAAAUGAGUGCAUAUUGAUAUCCUACGCUCAAGUACAGUAUUUACAGUUGUGGCCAGUGAUUGAAUGUAUUUUUAUUAUGUAACGUAUGUAUAAAUUUACUAGGCGAAAUUAGUGAAUGAACGGUGAAUGAUUUUCGUAUAUUUGUAAUUUUAUAAUAAUUACUGUAUUAUCAUUAUUAAUAAAAAUGUAAAUUAUCGAAAGCGUU